GGUGAGGGCGCUCAGUGUCUCCACAAGGGGAUUGUAGUAAAAGGCUCUGGCUGUAGCAGACCCAAAAAAAGCGGGCUGCAAAGGCUAAAAGGUCCUGGGAAGCGGGAGGGGAGGGGAGGGCAAGAGCGCGUAGCUGCUGCUCUUGUGGUUCCUCCUCUUGGAAGGCGUCAAGAAGAGGGAUCCGCUCCUGGCCAGCGCUGCCCGGUCCCGCUGAGGAAUCUGGGCCCCCGAGGCCCUCGAAUUGCAUUUCGGGCAAAGGGGCAUUCCUACAAGUGGGCACUGCCUUCCUGCAGAGAGUGUGACGCGCGUCUUGCCCAGUUAACUUCCUUUGUUUGAGCUCUGCCGGCGGAAGAGUAAAGGAAAACCCAAGUUGUGCCGAGGGAGGGCCCUCCCCCCCCCCCCCAAGAGGCUCUCCGGGGCAUUGGUGUCGCCCGUUUGGAAAUCCACAGCUCGAUGGCUACCAACAUAGGGGACCAGCGUGCCUCGGAAUGGGCUACCCAGUACAGCCUGGGUAAUGGGAACGCCAGGGAGAACGGGAUGGAAGGCCCAAUGCAUGAGAACCCCGAAUGGGAGAAAGCCCGCCAAGCGCUGGCCAGCAUUAGCAAGGCCAACGCUGCUGCUUCUGGAAACAAUAAAAAUGCCACCAGCGGGCCAGCGAAUGCACAGUAUGCAGUCCAGCAAGGGGAUUCCCUGCAGCAGCAGCAGCAACAGCAGCAGCAGUACUAUCAAUGGUAUCAGCAGUACAGCAGCUACCUCUAUCCGUAUAAUUAUUAUUAUCCUAUGAAUGUCUACCCUGGAUACAGCUCUCCUGGACAAUAUGGCAUCCCAGGCUCUUACUCCUCUACAGCGCCCCAACAGCCGCCAGCUCCUGGCCAACACCAAGGGAACAUGAACCAGCCUCCUGUCCCGGGCAUGGAAGAUGGAGGGAUGUCGUACUCAAACCAGCAGCAGCAGAUGGCGGUCCCUAACCCUCCGCAGCCCCCCAUGCAACAUCCCAACCAUCCCUCACAGCACGGCAGUCACCCCAUGGGUGGUGGGGGGCAGCAGCAGGGCGGGCCUUCCGGAGGGCCACACUCCCAGCAGAACCAGUCGAAUGCCUCCUACAACCAGCAGCAGCAUUCUUACCAGGAUGGGGCCAAGCCCAAGAAAGGGCAGCAGCUGUGGAACCGCAUGAAACAAGCGCCUGGGUCUGGGGGUCUGAAGUUCAACCUCCCCAAGCGCCCCUUUGUAGUGACAAACCAGAACUUCAACUCCUCAGAGUCACAGCAGCAGCAACACGGCAAUUUUGGCUCCCAGCAGAAUUCUGAGAAACGACACAAUCACAGCUCUUCCACGGGUAAGCCGGAAGACUGGCCACAAGACAUGAAAGAGUACGUCCAGCGCUGCUUCACAGCCUGCGAGUCGGAGGAGGACAAAGACCGCACUGAGAAGCUCCUCAAGGAAGUGCUGCAGGCCAGGCUGCAGGACGGCACCGCCUACACGAUCGACUGGAGCCGGGAGCCACUCCCGGGGCUGGGCCGGGAGAACAUGUCGGACAGUCCCAAGAAGAAACAGCAGCGCUGGGAGGUCCCCUCUCUCCACUCGCCACGGCCUUCCAUGCAGUCCACCCUUUCCCAGCAGCGGAGCAGCAGUGGCAACGCUCAGCCCCAGCGAGGGGGAGGCAGUGGGGGAGCCGGGGCUGGCCGUGCACGUGGGAAUGGCUUCCCUACCAAGUUUGGGAACCGCAACGUCUUCAUGAAGGAAAACAGCUCAUCCUCCAGUGUCGAGUCGCGCUCCAGGUCCCGGUCUUCAUCGCGGUCACCCAACCGCCAUUUUCGGAGGAGCGAUUCAGAUUCUGACAGUUCAUACUCAGGCAGUGAAUGUCGACUGGGUGGCCGUCGGAAUACCCAGAGAAACCGGGGCCGUGGGGGCCACAUGGAUAGAGGCCGGAUGAGAGCCCAACGAGGGAAGAGGCACGACCAGGGCCCUUCAAAGCGCAACCGGAAGCGCAAUACCAUGGACUACGAAGACCCCGAGAAGGAAUUCAAGAAGGAGCGGCGAGCAGCCCGCUUCCAGCAUGGAGGCCACUCUAAGAAGCUGCGCCUGGAGCCCCUCAUCCUGCAGAUCAACAACCUGGACACCAUCGGCUCUGACGGGCUCGACUGGAAUGAGCUGAAGAUCGUGGGCACCUCUCAGGAGAUCACCAAGCAUUACUUGCGCCUGACCUGCGCGCCGGAUCCGUCAACUGUCCGGCCUGUCUUGGUACUUAAAAAAGCCUUGUCCAUGGUGAAAUCCCACUGGAAAGAGAAGCAGGAUUACGCCUACGCUUGCGAGCAGAUGAAAUCCAUCCGGCAAGACCUUACAGUUCAGGGAAUCCGUACAGAGUUCACUGUGGAGGUGUAUGAAACCCAUGCCAGGAUAGCACUGGAGAAGGGUGACCACGAGGAGUUCAACCAAUGCCAGACGCAGCUGAAGUCUCUCUAUGCAGAGAACCUCCCGGGAAAUGUUGGGGAAUUCACUGCUUAUCGCAUCCUCUACUACAUUUUCACCAAGAAUUCAGGGGAUAUCACCACCGAGCUGGCAUACUUGACCAAAGACCUGAAAGCAGAUCCGUGUGUGGCACACGCGCUGUCCUUGCGAGCAGCCUGGGCCCUGUCCAAUUACCACCGCUUCUUCUGCCUCUACCGUCAGGCCCCCUGCAUGUCCGGGUACCUCAUUGACAAGUUUGCCGAACGAGAGAGGAAAACGGCCCUCAAAGCCAUGAUCAAAACUUUUCGGCCGGUGCUUCUCGUCUCCUACGUUGUGUCAGAGCUGGCCUUCGAGAGCGAGGAUGAGUGCCAAGCCUUCCUCGCGGCUCUGUCCCUCGUGUAUACUAGCCCCGACGCCACCAAGAUUGACUGCAAGCAGAGCUUGGCGGUCCUGGCCAAUUUCUGAAAAAGUCUAAACCCCCACUUCCUGCCCCCCCCACCCUGUUUUUAUAUAACAUGUUCAUAUAUGUCUGUAUAUAUAACACCAGAUUCACUUGGCUGCUGUGGGCACACAGGAGCCGAGCUCUGCCGCCUCUCCCGCUGUCCAUGCCACGCACGGAUAGAAGAGGGUAAGAUCCAUGGACGCCGGACGGCAUCUGGGACCAUCAGAAACGGAGAAGAGCCGAGAGCUUGGUCUAACAGUUGUGGGGGUUUUGCCAGCAGUGGGCUAGGGGGAGGCGUGGGGAAUGUUUUCGCAGCGAUGGCUCACCAGUUCACAGCUGUUUUUCUCCCCUUCCUGUUAAGAUGAAAAGUACUGUCCAUUGGUCAGGAGUUCUGAGAGAAAGGUUGGGGGGAAAGCAACAGAGGUUUGUCAUUAAAUGGCUGGGAGCUGUGCAUUUAAUUGCUGCCUUUUCAUACAGUGUUGUUUUUGCUUGCACCGCCACUGAGGUGUUUAGGGGACUAGAGUGUUUCCUGCCUUAAACUGCAGUAGGUUCUCUAAACCGUGGCGGUAACUUCCUGUAGAGGCAGAGUCUCAAUGAGAUUCCACUCGGCCAGGCUCUUGGAAACCCGUGGUACCCUGAGAGCAAAUGGCUCCUUUGUGUGUAUAUAUGUGGAAUAUGAUUUUGUACAGAAGCUACCAAGCUGUAAAUAACG